AUGAAAACACACUCGCAAAGAUUGAAGAUCUGGGAAACGGUGAGUGGAUGUCUCCUCUACACCCUACAUGCCCACAAUGCACCCCUCACUUGUUUAGCGAUUGAUGAAAAAGCUAAUAUGCUUUACUCCUCUUGUGAAGAGGGUAUCGUCUGUUGGUGGCAACUUUCGAAUGGUGAACUCGUUCGGAGUACUGAGGAUCCAUUUGGUUACGCAGUCGAGUUAGCGAUGACAAAGGAGAAUCUCUUGGGUUUGGGUGCCGAUCGACAGUUGAGUGUGUGGAAUCGAGAAUCCGGUCAACUCAUCACACGAAUGGCUUUAGAAACAAAUUUGGCAGAAUCUCCUCUAUUGGAAAGACGCUUCAUCGUUUCUUUAUCCGAUCAAAUUGUUGUCACCGCACAAGGAAAUAUGGUCUCUUUCUGGGAUCUUGGCUAUAAAGCACUCAUCAAAGAGGUUGCAAUCGGUGCAAUUGAUGGUCUCUCAGCUGCUCCAGAUCGAUCGGUUUUUGUCAUUUCUGCUAACAACAUCUACAAAAUCAGUGUCCCUGUUGUGCGAUUGAAG